GUGGAAUAAUGAUGAAGAUGAAGGGUAGCAAGUCGAAUACGUAUAGAGGACCUUCUGUGAAGCUGCUUGAGAGUGAAAGCCCACUCCCGACUACGAUUGACCUGACCAAAAACACUGAAACCCCUGCUCUCCAGCAGACCGAGGCAGAGUCAAUCCUGGACAUUUCAAGCUCUGAAGACAACGAUCAAAACUUUGAAGAGACCGAUGGAUAUCUAACUUUAAGAGAAGAGAGGGAUACGGAAGUAGAGGAGGCUUGAGAUGAGGAAGGAAAGAAGGAAGGGAAAGUGAUAGGUUUCUCCAUUCCACCGAGCAUGAUCAUCAUUGCUUUGCUGUUGCUCACUCUUUACACAAUAUACUCUAGGACAAGGAUUUUAUCGUUUUUCCCAAUGCUUGAAAAUGAUAUUGAUACCUCCAUCCUGCGGGAGAUAAAUGAGCGAGCUAACGAGCUGGAAAAUCUUCACUUGGAAUAUCAGCAGAACAACUGUGAGAGGACCGAGUACCCUAAGCUAAAGCUGGAAUGCAACAAAUUUAAAAGCAGCAUACAACUGAAUAGUCUUAUUUUAAAUGUUAGUGAGACAGAUAGAGAAUUUAAAUCAAAAAUUAACUACAAAGAGACCAGAAUCAGUCAAAGCAAGCAUACCAUGAAUAUUUACCUCGGAUUUGUGCAGGAAAUCCUGAUCGAACACUUUUGGGGGAUUCUCCUAUCAGUUACCAUAUUCAUGAUUUUAAUCUUGAUUCUGCGCAUAUAUAAAAGAUGGUUAUUUCUCUAAAAUUUCAAAUGCCUAAAAUACUGUUUGA